AUGGUGACUGAGGUGGGCAGCAAGGUCAAAAAAGUAAAAGUAGGAGACCAUGUCGGGGUGGGUUGUAUCGUCGGGUGUUGCCAUUCAUGCAAUCAAUGUGGUGCUAAUCAAGAACAAUACUGCUCAAAAAUGGUACACACAUAUAAUGAUUCUUCUGUGGUAACCUACGGUGGUUACUCUGACCACAUGGUAGCCAACGAACACUUCAUCAUCUCAUGGCCCAAAGACUACCCACUUGAUGGUGGUGCACCUCUUCUGUGUGCUGGAAUCACUGUUUACAGCCCAAUCCGAUACUAUGGGCUCGAUAAGCCUGGGAUGCAUGUUGGUGUGGUUGGGCUUGGUGGGUUGGGUCAUGUAGCUGUUAAGUUUCUUAAAGCUCUUGGUGUUAAAGUUACUGUGAUCAGCACCAGUCCCAAGAAAAAAGAAGAAGCCAUUAAUACUUUUGGUGCUGAUUCUUUCUUAGUAAGCCGUGAUCAAGCCCAGAUGCAGAGUGGUGUGGGUUCUAUGGAUGGAAUAAUUGACACUGUUUCCGCUGAUCAUCCUCUUGUGCCUUUGAUUAGUCUCCUAAAGGCUAAUGGGAAAUUGGUUUUGGUUGGUGCCCCAACUAAGCCAUAUGAGCUACCUGCUUUCCCAUUGCUUUUUGGUAGGAAGAUGGUGGGAGGUAGUUUCAUAGGGGGGAUAAAGGAGACACAAGAGAUGAUUGAAUUUGCAGCAAAACAUAAUAUAACGGCAGCGAUUGAACUCAUUCCCAUUGAAUAUAUCAACACUGCAAUGGAGCGUCUUGCAAAAGCUGACGUUCGUUAUCGCUUUGUUAUUGACAUUGGUAACACAUUAAAAACCGCAUAA